GGGAGGCAGCAUGUAGUCCUAUGGAAAAAAAAAAAAAAUCGGGCCGCCGACGUCGCCCAAUGAAUGAAUGGAUGUCAUUACUUAUCUUGUUCCAACUAGUCCCUGAGGGACGUUACAGAAUCCAAGAGAAUUAUGUAAAAAACAGCGUAGCUUUUGUUGCCAGAACCAAGAACAACGCACCAAGAAGACGAGUUGCAAUAUUCUGAUCUUGUUGUAGUUCUUGUUGUACUGCUUCUAGUUGAUGUUCUUGCACUAGUAGUUACUUACCCAUCGAAUCGGUUCACAAAUGCUACUACUACUACUACUAAUGCUACUACUACUACUAAUGCUACUAAUAGUCCUACUGGUAGUUAUUUGCGUUAGAAGAAAUAGAAAAGGUAGACGCCGUAGAGGUAUGGCGCCAGUCAGUUCAGGAACCAAAAAUGUAUCCGGUCCGGUAGGCGUCGCCUAUCGUUAUAUCCACAACGAGAAGUACGAGGUCCCGCAUGGCCAUCAGUCUGGGUCGUCUCAGCAUUUUUAUACAACUAAAUUUUAUUAUUUCUUCAUUGAACAACAGUUUCUAUAAUUGGACUAGUUCAAUAGUUCAACUUCGUUCAAUGUGAUAGAAAAACUUCAAGAUGCGCAAUAAUCAAGAAAGAAUUAGGAAAAAAUGGCCUCACGCUCUCCCGGAUGUAGUUUCUUCUCUCAGGUAGUUGCAGGAAAACUACUCAUUUUAACAUAAGAAGAAAAGUCUCUGAGAUUCUAAGGCCUACAAAUGAAACUAGUGAAAGGUUGGCAUGUGUUUCACGAGAAA